CCCAUGGAAUCAGAGGUGAAGUUUAAUGAUGGCCACCGCCUCUUCCCUUCAUUUAACCCAAGAGGCCAUUGGAAAUAGCCCAAGGACCCACUGAGGGAGAUAGACACUGUUUCCCAGAAGUAAAUACAGCUCAGCUUGUACUUUGGAACAACCGGUCAACGUUGUUACUUGCACAAUCUGCUAGCAAAGGUUAUGCAGUGCCUGAACACGAUCAUGGCAGAAUCACCGGGCCUCGUCACCAUCUGCCUUUUAGGAUAUCUACUCAGUGCUGAAUGUACAGUUUUUCUUGAUCAUGAAAAUGCCACCAAAAUUCUGAAUCGGCCAAAGAGGUAUAAUUCAGGUAAAUUGGAAGAGUUUGUUCAAGGGAAUCUUGAGAGAGAAUGUAUAGAAGAAAAGUGUAGUUUUGAAGAAGCACGAGAAGUUUUUGAAAACACCGAGAAAACUACUGAAUUUUGGAAGCAGUAUGUUGAUGGAGAUCAGUGUGAGUCCAGUCCAUGUUUAAAUGGCGGCCUGUGCAAGGAUGACAUUAAUUCCUAUGAAUGUUGGUGUCAAGCUGGAUAUGAAGGAAAGAACUGUGAAUUAGAUGUAACAUGCAACAGUAAGAAUGGCAGAUGCAAGCAGUUUUGUAGAAAGGGCAAUGAUAACAAGGUGGUUUGUUUCUGUACUGCUGGAUACCGACUUGCAGAAGACCAAAAGUCCUGUGAACCAGCAGUGCCAUUCCCAUGUGGAAGAGUUUCUGUAUCAGACACUCCUACGACGUUCACCCGUGCUGAGACUAUUUUUUCCAAUAUGAACUAUGACAAUUCUUCUGAAGCGGAAAUAAUUCUGAAUAACACCACUCAAAGCAACCAAUCUGAGGAUCUGACUCGAAUUGUUGGUGGAAAGGACGCCAAACCAGGUCAAUUCCCUUGGCAGGUCCUUUUGAAGAGGAAAACUACUGCAUUCUGUGGUGGUUCCAUCAUUAAUGAAAAAUGGGUGGUAACUGCAGCCCACUGUAUCGAACCUGGUGUUAAAAUUACUGUUGUCGCAGGAGAGCAUAACGCCGAGGAGACAGAACCCACAGAGCAAACGCGAAAUGUGGUCCGUGCCAUCCCUCACCACAGCUACAACGCCAGUGUUAAUAAGUACAACCAUGACAUUGCCCUUCUGGAACUGGAUGAACCCCUAACGCUAAACAGCUACGUCACCCCGAUUUGCAUUGCAGACAAGGAAUACACGAACACCUUCCUCAAGUUUGGAUCAGGCUAUGUGAGUGGCUGGGGAAAAGUCUUCAGCAGAGGGCGAUCGGCUUCAAUUCUUCAGUACCUGAGUGUUCCACUUGUUGACCGAGCCACAUGCCUUCGGUCCACAAAGUUCACCAUCUACAGCAACAUGUUCUGUGCCGGCUACCAUGAGGGAGGGCGUGAUUCAUGCCAAGGAGAUAGUGGGGGACCUCAUAUUACUGAAGUGGAAGGUACCAGUUUCUUAACUGGAAUUAUUAGCUGGGGCGAAGAGUGUGCAGUGAAAGGCAAAUAUGGAAUAUAUACUAAGGUCUCCAAGUAUGUCAACUGGAUUAAGGAAAAAACAAGGCUCAAUGAUAGAAGAAAACAAGGAUGACAUAUUUGGGACUGAAAAUGAAUAAGGUCCUUCACUAACUAAUCACUUUCUCAUCUCUUUAGAUUUGAAUCAAUACCUUCUAUGAACAGUUUUUCUCUUUCCAGGGAGAAGUCUAGCUAGAAUUCAUAUUUUGCUAGAAUAAGUAGACUAGAAAAUGGAAUCUUAGAGAAGUAUACUGUGGUAGGAAAUUAUGACCAUUCCUCCAGGUCCAACCCUUGACAAAAUCAUGAUGUUCGGUUUUUCAUCCUGCCCAUCAGGCACUCUGUUCCUCCACUGGAGCAACUCCCUGCUUUUCUCUCCUUAGCAGCAUUCCAUGUUCCAGUUCUUUCUUACCUCUCCCACCAAAACAUCAGAACUUAUUAGAUCUGUAUCCAGGAUAUUUAGUCCAGUCCAUCACAGGGCCAGGACCACACUCAUAAAGGAAGAACACAGGAGCAGCUGACAGGUUAAAACUCAUCAGAAACACUGCUUCUUUUUUGGUACCCUUAUUCCUGCAUCCUUUAUCUUUUCCAACUCCUAAUCCCCAAAUCUGUUUUUCUCUCUAUCAAACCCAGACUUGCUUUCUGUUUGGUCUUGGACUUGCUUUUCAUAGCAUAGAGAUGAAGUAAGAUGCCUGAAUGUGGAGGAAGAGUUCCUCUCAGAGAGUCACAUUAUAAAAAUACAUACAUCCUGGAAGGAAUGACCUAUCAGAAUAGUUGCCUAAGAGCUUGUAGUUACAAUGAUACGCGAACUGGCAUGUCAUUGUAACUAAGAGAACUGACAUCAACUCAGGUUUAUUGUCCCCCGUCUGGGAAAAUGUUAACAGAAAGAGGAGAGCAGUCAGUUUGCAAGUACAACUAGUAGACUCUUCAAGGAAGAAUCCAUCAGUGCAUCUCCAGUGCUGUCCAGGGCUAUGGAAGAAGUUGCCCAGAUCAGAGAACAUGAGCAUCAUGCCUCGUUAACUGGUGUCUCCCCACAGUGGAGAGGGGUGCACCUGGCUUACAGACAUGAGCCAUUCCAGUGAGCCAACAAAUUCCCCUUUUCUGGUUCCAUGCUCACUAAGCAACUUUUUUUAUUAUAAUUAGGCCUUCUAUAUUGUAUUUUCUAGAGGGUUGCUGACCAACCAGCACAUCAAUCAAUCACAUCAACACUUCAAUCUGUUAGAAUAUUUCCCUUUUCGAAUUAAAUUGGUGUUCUGAUUCAUA